UGUGUUUAGUAGCAAUUCGUACUCCCUCGUCGAAGUGUCGUGGUUUAAAUAGUCGUUAUUGAAUUCUACGGCGGUUGCAUUCCGAUUGCGUGUAUGUGUCUGUGCGCCAUUCCUGCAUCAACUACUAGUAUUUUACUGCUGCUCCUGAACCCCUCACCGAAAAGGCGAUUGUCAGUGAAGAAUUGUUUGUUCAAAAUCUUUCGUGGAUUAAUCAACCAGGAAAUGAAACCCAUUUUAUUGUGCUAAUAGAUCGCUCGUUUAUGUCCUCAAUUCAUAAUUGAACGAAUACGUCAUCAUAUAAGAUUCUAUUCGCGGAUAAAAGAGUGCAGCUUGUUGUAAUAUGUUUUAACACAACAUUGUAGAACUAAUUCGCUAACGCUCUAGAAUUGAAUGAACGCGCAUUUUUGUAGCGCUAAAGGAUCCUACUAAGAGUACAUCGCGAGAGGCAGGCACCCCACGCUCGGACGAGCUCGUCAACCAGUUCCAUUUAAGGCUUGCGGCUAUUACUCAUACGUACGGUUAGCUUUCGUAGCACGGUUCAAUCUGUGCCGUGUUCGUAAACAGCAAAAUUUGCAUGAAUAACUUUGUGCACUAAUCUAAACCAAUCUUGUUCAGUGUUACUCCAUGAAUUUGUUGCUUUUUGUGUACUACUGCUGAAAGUGUCAUAAGUGCUCUGUUGAUCGGAGUUUGUGCAAUAUAUGCAAACGACGUUUUGCCGUAGCAUUGGUGCGCUGCAUGUGUCUAUAUCUAUACGUCUAUAUAUUAUUUUUUUGGGUUGCGCUUGCCACUUCUACAGCGCUAGCUUUGUGAUUACGGGUGAAGAAAAAUGAAAUCCCUCAAGUGAAAGAUUAUCAAAAGAAAUCCCUUUCACGUCGACCUCUCGUUGCUUUUUGAAAGUUGAGGGGGUUUAGUAAAGGGAUUAAAAUAUAAUCUCACUAAACAAAAAGAAAUAUUUAUGUUCUCGUGAUAUCAGUUUCAGACGGAAGCUCGGUUGUUGGUUAUCAAAAAAUUGUCAAUACUUAAAAAAUCCAAACCUUGAUUAGAGCAAGGGGUGAAUUUAUGAAAUUAUCCGAAGUUGUGAGAUUUGAAAAUUAUCAAGUGAAGUGAAGUCCAAGUUCUGCUGUGUUCUACGUCUGAAGCUUCGUAAUAACCGGUCAGUGAAAAUUUUGCAGCAAAGAACAGCUUGUGAGAUAAAAAAGUAAAGUUUGCAGACCAACACCGGGCUCUUCGUUACUUUAGAUUUAUACUGUGUCAGUCAGUGUAACGCGGCGAACGCGUUGGAUUUCAUCAGAAUUGAGCCGCCCAUGUACAUCAAGAAGGAGCGGAAAAAGGAAGGAGUAACAAUGCGUGAGAAAAAAGGAGGCGCCCUGCAGAAGCUGAAAAAGCGACUAUCGCACAGCUUCGGUCGAUUAUCGAUAUCACGGGAGGAGAACGACGACAGCACGCAGCACAAUAACCAUCAUCAUCCUCACCACCAUCACCACCACGGACAUGGCCACACACGUGGCGGCAAAGUGCCCUUCAACGGUUACACAUCCGAGGAGUAUCUGGACCGGCUGGAACCCAAUGGCAACAUACCGGUCGAUAAAACAUACAACAAACAUUGGAACAGAGUCGGGGAUCAUGAAAGAGUCCACCGGCAAUUGUCAGUGUCCUCCGACAGCAAACUGCUCGACGACGACAUUCGAGAAGAAACACGUGUGAUAAUGCGACCUAAGAAGCCUCCUCGGCCAAAAUCCGAAGUAUUCCUAAACAAACACGACCCGCAUCCCAGGAGGAAACGGUUUAGUGCUUUCGGGGGUGACUCACCUUUCGGCAAAUCAGAAGCUUAUAUCAAACUAGAGCAGCUUGGUGAAGGAUCUUAUGCGACGGUAUUUAAGGGUUAUAGCAACUUAACGAAUCAAGUAGUAGCAUUAAAGGAAAUCAGGUUACAGGAAGAGGAAGGGGCUCCCUUCACAGCGAUCCGGGAGGCGUCCCUGCUAAAAGAACUGAAACAUUCGAACAUAGUGACGUUGCACGACAUCGUACACACGCGAGAAACACUGACGUUCGUGUUCGAAUUUGUGAAUACCGACCUCUCGCAGUAUAUGGAACGGCAUCCGGGUGGUCUGGAUCAUCGAAAUGUGCGACUGUUUUUGUUUCAGUUGCUACGUGGACUCUCCUAUUGCCAUAAAAGACGUGUCCUACAUCGGGACGUGAAACCACAGAACCUGCUCAUAAGUGAAAUGGGCGAACUGAAGCUGGCCGAUUUCGGACUAGCCCGUGCCAAGAGUGUUCCAAGCCAUACGUACUCGCACGAAGUGGUGACACUGUGGUAUCGACCCCCAGAUGUACUACUAGGCAGCACCGAAUAUUCAACCUCCCUGGAUAUGUGGGGCGUCGGCUGCAUAUUCGUUGAGAUGGUUACUGGCAUGCCAACGUUUCCUGGCAUACGGGAUACGUACGACCAGCUGGAUAAAAUCUUUAAGAUCCUUGGCACACCUACGGAGGACUCGUGGCCAGGUGUGACGCAUUUACCAGGCUAUAAGCUGCAUAUGCUAGGUUUCUUCAAACCCCGCAAGCUAGGCUUAAGUUUUCCCCGCCUUUAUGAUAUUAUAGAGGGUGAAAUGAUGGCUACCGCGUUGUUACAACUGAAUCCGGACAACCGGAUAAGUGCUGAAGACGCGCUCCGGCACCCAUAUUUUGCUCCGUUGCCAAAAAAGUUAUACGAACUCCCGGAUGAGCUAUCCAUCUUCUCCGUCGAAGGUGUGUACCUGCAUCAGGAGCCGAAUCGCAUCCAUCCACACCAUAAAUGAGAGUUAAGACAAAGCAAAACCCUAGAUGCAAUACGUUAUUAUUGUUAAUAGUGAAUUCAUGCGGACCCUAAAUGCAAAGAAGAAAUAAUUAAUCCAUCAGAUGUAGCCGUAACUAGCAGCGCACGGGCACACGGUGUACCCACAACCUCUUCCCACAAUUUUGUGUUCUGUGAUCAAGCAAAGAAGCUGAAUGAUGAUGUAGAACUUCCUCCUGUUGGAUUAAUUUUGCGAGGCGUGUAUCAAGUUUGUCGCAAGCAAAGUCACUGUGUAGUGGAAAGAAAAAAACAUUGGUCGGCAGACAUAUUGUCAAUAGACGAUUUGUCCGACUUUAGACGCAGUACACAAAACCUUCAAACAGUGGACCAUCGCUGGAAGCACCAAGAUUCGUAGAUAUGCGAUACCAGCAGUACCACACCAGGAUAACUAGGUAAUCGAUUUAUUAACCUUCGCACAGACAAAUGAAUUGCGAAACAACCUAUGUGACAAAAUGAUUCGGAUAAAAGGUAUCUAUUCUAGAGCACUUCAGUACGAAGACCAGCCUAGAAGACCUUUUUUAUAUAUCGCGCCGAAGUAACUCUUCAUAUUAUAGAUCAUUACUUUUUACGAUACUUAGUUUCGUUAACACAAUUAACAAAAAUGUAUUAUUCGUUGGAGUUUUAUUUUUUUAUAUCCAACUUUCCCAAAAAUAAUAUAAUUUAGUUUUUUUUUGAAAAUUGGUUUUAAGCCUAGGUUCGUUAAAAUUGAUUUUAUCAUGCAGUUUAGGGAAACGUAUUAAACACAAAUUGUAUAUGAAUUGAAGGAAAACAAACUGAAGCAGGUAUCGUUCAGUUCCUGUUGAGAUCUCAAACGGAACUGGAAGCAAUUUGUAAUGCUAGGAGAGCAAAGUAAUAAAAAUCGUGAUUUCAGUUAAGCUUAUACAGUGUAUUCAGUUAGGUUUUGUAACACUUUUCUAUUUCCAGCUCACAAUACUAUAACUAGAGUCAAAAUUUCACUGUUCUAGCUGUCGAAUAGCUGUUGAACAGCUAUUAGCGGAAUAAAAAUCUAAAAUUUAGACUAAACCAUAAUCUGUAAUUAUUGGAAAUGACUAUAAAUUGUUCAAACGUUAGGGAAAAAUCUAUUCAAAGGUAGUGCAAAAGCAUGACUGUGACGAAUGAAAGUGGCUACGCAGCAAAUCGAUAGCACACAGUGACCUCUUUUUAUACUGAAAAGGGAUUGAAACGUAUUGAUUUUUACAGAACAUAGAGGAGCUAUUAAACUGAAUAAACAAAUAAUUUCAUUUAUAUAUGUUUUAGUAUCUUUUUCGUUUUAAGUUUCUAAAAUUCCGAAAUCUUGUUUACUAUUACAUUUAAGUUUUUUUUUUGAUAUUGUAGAGGAGAACCGAAACGGAAAAAGUUUGUCGUUUACAGUACACACUAUGCCAAACAGUCUCUAUUUUUGAUAACCAAUUCAGUGCAAGGAGAAAAAAAUACACCGAAAACAAUGCUAAGAAGAAGCAAAAUAUCGACCGAAAACCCCCUCAGGGACCGAAAAUACGAUUGCUGUUUAACCAUAUGUUUUACAACUAAAACCAGUUGUAUUAGUGGAGAUAAAAAAAUAUCUGCCAAAAGGAGGUUUAUUGAUAAACCAAAAACAAAACGAAUCCCAAUUCUGAGCGCGUAGCGAUAAUUGAUUUUUUUUGCCAAUAAUGUUUAGCGUAGCCGGCCAUACCCCCUAACUAAACUUUUGUAGAUCAAAAAUAUUGUAGCAAACUUCUUCUAAAUAAAUAUUAUAGUGAAGCAAACAGUUCCGCUCCGUUAGGGGAUUAGAAUGAAUUAAAAUUCUCAAACCGCUAACCCGCCAUAAGCAUUAUUCUUAGCCAAUGGAUCGAACUUCUUUCCACCAGAAGAAGUUAGGUAAUCGUAGGUGUAGAAUCAGCAGCCUGUUUAAAUGUUCCUUAAAUCACUGCUCAUUUUUCGGUCACAUUUUGUUCACACUAAGAAAGCUAAUCAAUCGUUGAAUUCGCCAUAUUGGGAUUUUAGAAUGUAACGAUACCUGGAACAUAACUAACGGAAAUCAAAAUUAAACAAAAAAAUAAUGGUAGAGGAAGGUAGCAAAUAGACAACAAUUAGAGAGCAAGACGGAGAGAGGGCUUAUUGUCUAAGUGAAUGCGAAGGUAGUCUGGAAAGCAAGGUGGAAUGACCAUUUAAGCUUCUGCUUUUCAAAUGCCCUCUUUUUUACUUGGGACAGAUGUAAUGCUCAGCCUAUGGGAUCAGUAAAUUAAAAGGGAUGCAUUUGCGAUGAAUUUAAUAAAUUUUGAUUCGGCUGUUCGCAUAUGAGUUUCAUAAAAUAACGCGAAUCCCAAUAUAAAAUAUUUUACUUUAAAUUUCAAAUAGUAAGUGAUUUAUUUGAAAAUUGUUUUUCGAAUAAUUUUCUUCACGAAUAAAAUUUAAAUUCGAGUAGGUAUAUAUUACGAUAAAAUUACAGGGUAUCAUCAAUGUGGUCCACCGCCUUGUUGCAUAGUGAUUAGUUUACUAAUAGUGUGUGUUAGGUAAUUUGUAUAUUGCGCAUAAGUAAUCGUAUUAGCCAGUUUACGAGUUACUGUUUCGCAAUUAAAAAUAAUAAAUUUUAUCAACAUCGUGUCCUCUUUUACUUGAAAAUUUAUGAAAUGUGCACACACUAAUUUUUGUAUGUUAUGUUUUUAGCAGUCUUACAUACCCAUUGUGUGUAACAAAGAGGCCCACAUCAUUUACACAAGCAUGUUGCAAAAAAAAACGGAUGAUUUGUUUAUUUUUUUCGCCCAUUUGCUUCCAACACGGUGUGUAAAGAAAGCAAAAUACGCAACUCCAGAAAGUUUAUAUUGUGAAGUGUAAGCGCAGAAAGCUCUCGCAGAGAGACUUUUCCGAUUGCAACUGAGAAAUUAUAGAUAGCGCACAUUUUGCUGUCUGCUUUCGCUCAUUGAUAAGCGCACAAUGGUGAAAAUCUAGAUACCUGAAAACUUUUCUGGCUGUUUCCUUAAUAACCUAUGCUAAAGCUUAGAGCUCUGCCCAGAUACAAGUCAUUUACUCAACAGCACGCAGCUUUGGGUCGGCUACUCAUAUGGGCUCCCUACGCGCAAAGGCGCCGCUCAAUUAGGUUGUGCAUAUUUUUUCUCAUUAACAAUGCCUAUUUGAAAACUAACGUAAGUUAAUUUAUGUGUAAUAAAUACACAAAGGUGAGUAACUGGACAAGACUGAUUUUCAGUAUGAAUGGAUGAACUGCCACAAUUCUACUGAUGUGUUUCCUCUAGCGCAGGCAGAGUAAACAUUUCGAGUAAUUAUAAUUAUUCCUGGUAUCGUGCUUCCCGACCAUGCCAAGAAAACAAUUUCCAUAGUUUCACGUUAAUCCUCGAAUGCGUGUCAGUUGUAACCCUUGAGUUGGCUUGAAAAACGUUUCAUAUACAACCACAAAUUAUAUUUUUAUUCAAAUUCUAUGAAAUAGAAGACCGAAGAGAAAAAUAUGGCCAUAAUUUUCAAAGCAUGUUCGAAUAUACCAGAAUGAAUCAAAACGAAAAAAGAAAAGUUCAAACUAGAUGCGAUUUCCUGUAAACCCCAGUGUGGUUUAGGUGAAACUCCGUGCUCGAAUUUUGCCCAAAUAUUGCAAGAUAACUUUCUCGAAAAUCAUUAAAAUUACGUGUAAUUUUUACGCCCAAAAUUGUCAAGUGUAAAAAAACUAACCUCAAAAUUUUACGAAAAAAAAACUACCGUCCAAUUUCACCUUAAUUCUUCACAAAUUCUAGUGUUGCUGUUGUACGAAAUUAGUAGUUGAAUGACACAAAGUUAUACUCCAAAUUAUGAGUAUAAUGUUUGCAUUUCUAAUGGUAGGAAAUUUUCAUAAAAAUUGCGUUUAUGUUGCCUACCGUUUGCUUCGUUUUGUUUUUUUUUUUGAAAUUUUUCAAGAUGACAGUGCUGAAGAACAAAUUUUGUGGAACAUAUAACUACUCGUACUUGCUGUUACACUUUCCCGAUACUGCUACCUAAUUUGACAUACUCGCUUGAGUGUAAAAUCAAGCGGGAGAAGUUAAGAAAAAUUAAAAAGCAUAGCUACUGCAACUUUAGAAUUUUUUGCAAAAUUUCUGUGCUCGAACCAGAUAAAAAACGUAGCAUUGUUAAUGCAGAUGCAGAUAAUGUUUUUUUUUGCGUUUGUUAAACGUUAACUAAAUUUGAGCUACGUUUUCGUUUCGAAGGGCAAAACGAACAUAGUAUUUUUGAUACAUCUAGAAAAUUUGAAAUAUUCGUUAACUGUCGAAUUAGAAAUGUUGUGAACUUCGUAAUAUCGGAGAGUUUUUUUUUUUCAAUUUUUAAGUGUAACUCUAUCGUGUCAUCUGCGUUUCUAAAGAAAUGCGUUUCUAAAGAAACAUACGACAGAUGCAUUUCGAUGCUCACUGAAAGAUUAUUAUUUUACCUUCAGGGGAUAAAAUGACAAAAAGCGAUAAGAGGAACUAGCUAUUAUUUAUACAAAUUAUCCAUUUCACUGGGAUAAUGGGCCCCCUCCCCCUUCGCUAGUAAACAGGAAUAGAAAAAUCUCACAUUAAAGCCAAGCAAGCAGCUUUGAACCGGGCUGUCUAAGGUUUAGGUGUAUAGAUGUUUGAAUUUAUGAUAGUUUAACAUAAUUGAGUUCGUUCUGAAUUGAAUGUGAUAAAUUGAUUAUAUUUAAAGAUAAAAACAAAAGUAAGAACAAAACAAAAUCGUAAAUACAAAUCUACAACAGUUUACAGCAAGAACCACUACUUCAACUAAUAUAAAAUAAACGUAAGACAAGAGGGAACCAGAAAUUAAAGUGUUAGAUGAUACUGGCGGUUGAGUCACUGUAGUGACCUUAAAUGUGUUAUUAAAUGAAUGCAAGGAAAAGCAAACAUAAUACGUUUUAUAAUGAAAACUCGAACGAUAUUUUUAAAGGAAUCUACUCGAUAAUAAAGUUCAGCUACAGACAAACAAACACGCAAAGACUUGUAAAUAAACAUGAUCCAAAGGGAACGUAGCAGAGAGAAAAAAAUUUCUCCAAAAUCUACCAAGAAACUUCAACUAAUGUUAGUGAAAAAGCCACAUUUCUACUUGAUGAUAUAAAAUUACUAUAGAAAUAGAUGUUGCGAAUGAUGAUUAUUGAGUGGUUGGAUUUAGGUCUGUUUUAUACUAUUGUGAAAUGAAACAGUUUUCCAAAAAAGAAGUUGAGUUUUUUGGAAUGUGAUGGAGUGACUCAUUUUAAUAAUGAAUCAACGAUGUAUGUUGCAAAAUGGGUUCAGUAUAGUCUAUAUCAUUUAUUUAUCGCAGAGUGCAGCAGGAAUGGUUUUAUUUAGCCAGCAGUGGGGCUAAGAAAGAAAAAACGCUCUUCGUUGUUGUUCCUCAGUGAAAUCAUCAAAACAAUUGAAUUCAAAUAUAACAAUUAGAGCCGUAGAGUAGAUAACAGUUAUAGGCAUAUUGGGGUAAAUAAUCAUUAGAAUUGAGACAGAGUAAACAAUCAGCACAGCAUUAAAUCUUCACACAACAACGGUUCUUAGACAACUGAAAUCAAAGCAACAAGCAUUGCAUUAUAACUAAAGUACGGUAAUUAGUGGAAUAAACAGACAACGUAAUCCGUUAGGGGCUUUCGAAGGCAGUUUCUCUAGCAUAACAGCAGCUACAACUGCUGAUGAAUUUUCGCCUGAAAUUGAAAAUUCAUUUUUCUCAACUGAACUUUUGAAAAAGGCAAUUAUUUUCCAAAAAUCAAAAUCAAAAGUUGAUAAAAAAAACUAUCCAAAUCACGCGUAGAAUCAGUAGAAUUGCACACACCGCACACCUAUCAGAUACUGAAACAUUCCUAUUGGUUUUGUCUAAUCUCUUUGCGGGUUUUUCAAAGUUUUAGAGAUUCUUUGUUGUUAACAAAAAGCAUUAGGUCGCAAAAUUCUCGCUGCACAAGCGCUCGCACGUCCCAUCCCGAAAAUUUCGUCCAUAGAUAAACUGAAGAUAACAGAAAAAUGAACAAUGUGGUCUAACUGUAAGUAGUUUUCUAUGAAUCAACUGUUUGGUUAUUACGCUCAUAAGAUUAUUGUUGCGUAUUUAUUUUUUUCGUAGAAAUGCUUUUAGCAGGUUCUGUUGAUAUUGGACCGAACGAGUCAAAAUGGUCAUCACGAGGAUACUAUCCAAUUCAAACUGGAGAGAAUAUUGUUUCUCUAGCUGAGAGGAUCGUGUACUUUUUUGUACACCGCAAAACAUGAAAUAGUCACAACUGAAUACCAACAAGACAAGGAUGAAAAACAUUGAAAAGUAGAUGAAGUAUGAAAUUUUCUUUUGGAAUUAUGUAAAUAUAGUUUUAAAUACAUGAAAAUUAUUGUUUAUGUAUUAAACUAAAAGCAAAUUAUAUAUUACAAUUUAAUGAAAAGAUUGAGUAAAUAAAUAAAAUAUAUAAAAACA